AUGAAGUUUGCAAAAUUAUUUUUGAAUGCUAUGAUACCUGAGUGGAUAAAGUUAUACUUAAACUACAAACUAUUAAAAACCCAAUUGUCCAGUUCAGUUUUCAUAAAGAAAAAAAUAAAAUUAUUGAAAAGUAAAUACAAGACAAAAAAAAAAUAGUAUAAAUAAGAGAAGCAGAAACUGCUAGAAAACGAACUAGUCUCAACUAAAAUUAAGGGGGAUCUUCGUGGCUUUUGUGACACUAUCAAAGAUGACUUGAUUAAGAUAUAAUCUUUUCUCAUUUGGAAAUAUUAGGAUAUCCAAAAAAAAAACAAUAAAUUACAAGAGCAAAUAAAACUUAUGAAGAAAUAACUAGAGUUUAUUAAAUUAAAGUAAUAUAUGGGUGAUGAAACAGAUUUUAAAAAACACUUGCAGGAUUUCAAAGAGAAAUCAUAUAUUCUUAAAUAAACUAUUUAUCAAUUCUAUAUUGAAAUUUUACAAUACAAAAGCUUCGUAACUAGCAAUCAUUAAGGGCUGAUUAAGAUAUUAAAAAAAUACAAAAAGUGGUCAAUCACAUAAUUCAGGGAUAAAUAAUUUGAAAGCCUUGUUCUUAGCGAAGUUAUGAAUGAAAUUUUAAUUCUCAAGAAAGUUCCAGAUAAAUGUUCUCAGUUACUCAAUGUCACUGAAAGACUUUUACUUAACAAUUUUUAUGCCCUUAAUCCCAAAAAAGGGAGAUAUAAUCUUAGGAAGUAUCAGCAACAAAAAAGUGUUAAGGGUGAAAUUUUGUUUAAAUUUGGUUUGUUCAUUGGUUUCGCUUUAGUAUUAUUAACAUUUAUAUUUUUAUUAAGAAUUGAAGGGUACAUCGAUCCAGAUAAUAAUUAAAAUCAGCACAGUAUCUUUUAGAAGAUGUUCCCAUGUUUUAGAGGAUUGGCUUUGUUCAUAAUAUAUUAUUGGUACUUAGCUCUGGAUUUGUGGGGUUGGACUCAUUUCAGAAUAAAUUAUAAAAUAUACCUAGGAUUCAAUCAUCAUUUCUCAACUGUAGAGGAAGUGUUUAAACGUGUGAGUUAUUUCUCAGCGAUGUUCUUAUUAUCCUUUGUUUUCUACAGUCUCUAAGCUGAAAACAUAGAUCCCUUUUCAUAUAGGGAUUCAUAUACUAAAUACAUACCCCUUGUUUUGUGGUGUAUUUUGUUGCUAUACAUAUUUUUCCCGUUUACCACCAUUCUAAAUGGUCCAGGUAGAGUUUGGCUAUACAAAAUCCUGGCUGGAGCUGUAUAUGGACAUUUCAUUAAAUAUGAAUCCAGAUUCACCUUCUGUUUGGAUCAAUUUAUUUCGAUGGCUAUACCGUUGAGGGAUCUUGACUAUACAAUCUGCUAUUACAAAACGAUAUGGCAAACCGGAGAGAUCCAUGAUAACGAAUGCUUUUCUUCUAAUCGAUUGACAGGUGCUUUGAUUGCUAUCAUACCUUUUUCUAUGAAAACCAUACAUUACAUAACGAGAGCCCGAGACAAGGGAAAGUUUUGGCAUACUGAUGAAAUGUGGAAUUUCUUUAAAACCCUAUUGGCAACUUGGGUAGCAGUUCUCUCGUUUCUAGCUAAUAAGCAUUAUAUUUAUAGGAUAAUUUGGAUACCAUUUGCUGCAUUUUGUUCUUUGUUUUAGUACUGGUGGGAUUUGAAGAAAGAUUGGCUGUUUUUUGAGAAAGGGUCAAAUGUGAGAUUUUUAAGGAAUGAUUUGGGUUACAAUCAUCCAUGUAUCUAUUAUUUUAUUGGGAUAUCCAACUUCUUUUUGAGACUGACUUGGAUACUAACGGUAUCACCAAAUAUGUAUCUAUAUCUCAAUAUAACAAAUAAAGAAUUGUUUAUUUUCGUUAUUGGAUUUCUGGAAAUGACAAGAAGAUUAAUUAAUAAUUUUAUCAAGAUCGAGAAAGAAUAUAUCACAAACCUGAGAUCUCUCAAAACGACCAGAGAAAUUGUGUAUCCAUUUGCAAACUAAGACAAGAGUAAUUUCUAAGAUAUACCUGAUAGAUUAACUUUGUCAGGCUUAUAUCUGAAUGAAUAGGAUAAAUCAGAUGAAGACUUGAUUCAGUUGUUUCGAGCCACCACUAAUAUGUUAGAGAAGAGCGAUUUAAAUAAAAGUGAUUAUUUAUUCUAAGGAUUUCAACCUGACAUGGAAAUACUAGAAAGAGCCAAGAAAUAAGAGAAAUUUCAAGAAUCAUAAAUUCGAAAGAUAAAACAAGAGAACAAGAAUCUUAAGGCAUAAUUAAUUUGA